AAACUAAAGUAUUACGAAAUUAGCGAAUAUAAAUGUUAAGUUUCAUGUCAGUACACAAUGGAAUCUUUACUCAUCCAGUUGCUUUUGGCAAUUUUAUUGCAUGAAUCUUGCAGCUUAGGGAGCAAACGUCUUCUUCUUCACGACCCAGAAUCUAUUGCUGAUGCCUUUCAUCAACUGGGAACAAAGAUUGAAGAGCUGAAUACAACUAUAGCUCAAAUGAGAGUUUCUCACUCUCAGGAUGUUGCUCAGUUGAAUGCCACACAUUCUCGUGAUGUUGCUCAACUGAAAGCAGAACACGCAAAAGAAGUAGCAGAUCUUAAAGCUGGUUUGAAUGCUGAGAGACUUGAAAGAUGUCGGACAGGAUCGAUAAAAUUCCACUACGAGGAAUGCGCCAAACAACAAUGUUCAGAGAGUCAAGUCAUCCACUUUAACCCUCCGUUCACAAAAGUUCCUGUAGUUACAUUCGCAUUUGCGAUGAUGGAUGUGCAUGCAGGUCAUAAUAUUCGAAUUACUUCAAGCGUAUCAGCUGUAACAACUUCUUCUGCCACGCUUACAGUCAGCACAUGGUCUGAUACACUUAUCUAUUCAUCAAGCCUUAACUGGAUUGCAUGUCCAAAUAUGUAAAUUUAUGAAAUAUAUAAAUGUGUA